CUACCUGGAACUUUCCAUAUCAGGUCGACCAGUACUACUAGUACUCCAUGGCUAGCUUCUAUUAUAUAUACAUAAAGAUUACCUCGUUGUCUAAGCCUGCAAAUUACCAAUAUUCCCUUCCACAAUUAAGCUUCUAAAUCUCUAGUAUUGCAUUCAUGGCCUUUCAAAGACCCUCUUCAUCUACUUCUGAAGUUAGUAAGAAAAGGAAAAGAGAUCAUUCUUCUUCGCCUCAUUGGAAACAUGAAGUUUUCCUUAAUUUCUAUGGCAAAGACACUCGCAAGGGUUUUACGGGUCAUCUACAUGAUGCUUUAAAACAGAAAGGCAUUCUCGUCUUUAGGGAUGACGAAACACUCAAGCAAGGAGAAUACAUUUUUGAAGCGCUUCUGAAAGCAAUUCAAAAAUCACAAUACGUCAUCGUCAUUCUUUCGGCAAAUUAUGCUUCUUCCAAAUGGUGCCUCAGGGAACUUGCCAAGAUUGUUGAAUGGGAGAAAAAGACGAAGCUGAUCACAAUUAUUCUUAUUUUCUACUAUGUGGAUCCUUCAGACGUCAGAAAUCAAAGAGGGACUUUUGCAAAAGCUUUCGCCGCACAUGAAAAAGAUCCCAUGGUAGACAUCAAAGAGAUUGAAAUUUGGAAAAAAGCUUUCAGUAAAGUGGGCAAUAUUAAAGGAGAGCACAUACAUGACAGGUACGAAUCAACAAUUAUACAAGAUAUCAGUAGACGUAUAUCUCAUGAGUUGAAUUCUAGAUUCUCACGUCAUGAUUACGAUAAACUUGUUGCAAUACACUCCCAAGUAGACAAAAUGAUGGAGUUAUUGGAUGUGGAAUCGGAUGAUGUUCUCUUCAUAGGAAUUCAUGGGAUGGGUGGCGUUGGUAAGACAACGCUGGCCGAAAUAGUUUAUGAUAGAGUUUCAAAUUCUUAUUGUCGAUUUGAAGGAAGCAUCUUUAUUUCUUGUAUUAGAGAAGAGUCUAAAGCUCGUGGUCUAGCUUCUUUACAAAAACAACUUCUUUCUAUGAUCAUGCAAGAAGAAAUACAUGUAUGA